AUGGCAAACCUUAUUACUCAUGCCGAGACUGAGCGGUGGGAGCUUUCUCUCCCUCUCUCUCUGUCGUUCUCGUUUCGAAACAACACUGGAGUGCUCUGCUCUGCUCUGCUCUGCUCUGCACUGCGCUGCUCUGCUCUCCCACACACUGCAAAUGAUCUGUUUCUGCUGCUUCCGCCCAGAUCCCGGAUCUCCUCGCUCGCACUCGCACUCUCGCUCUCGCUCUCGCUCUUCACCCCGUCCACAAAGAAAACGCACUCUUACGCGAAGACACGCGCGUCUGUCCAUCGCCCAUCCACAAACGCUCAAUUCGCUUUCGCAUUCGCUUUCGCAUCCGUAUUCUCGCGUUUCUCGCGUCGCCCCCCGUUUAAGGUAACCCUGUCUGUUUUGGCUCACCUCACUACAAUCUCCCAUUUCCUAUUCCACUUGCAAUUUCGAAUUUCGAAUUUCGAAUUUCGAAUCAACAAACUUUCAUAUACUUUGCCCUCGCGUGCGCUUCUUUCUCUUCUCGGCAACUCCCACCUGAUCCAAUCACCUCUCACCGUGUCUGAAUCAAGCUCAAGCUCAAGCUCAAAUUCAGAAUCUCGACAACAAAAAAGACUCUAUUCUAGCUCUCUUCCCUUCCCUUCUCUUCUCCAGUGGGUCUCUGGCAAAUGGUUUCGGUAUACUGUAAUUCUGCAACUCUAG